CCUGCUGUCCCGGCGUGGCUGCCGCCUCUGCGACCGCGAUUUCGGCCGCAUCUGCCGGGCCCUAGCCGGAGCCACAUCCCUGGCGCAGCUCAACCUUAACCUGGGCGUCGUGUCCAGCCCCAGCCGCAUCAAACAGCUGGCGGAGGCGCUGCGGACCAACCGCUCCAUCCAGUCCCUCUUCCUGCACGGGAGCCCACUGACAGAUGCUGGGCUGGCCCUGCUGAACCCGGCCCUGGCUCUCCACCCUGCCCUCGUGGCUCUGGACCUGGGGGACUGCAUGCUGGGUGAUGAAGCCAUCAACCUCAUCUGUGGCCUCCUCCCUCCGGACGGGGCCAAGUCUGGUGAGCAAGGCCUGAAGGAGCUGACACUGAGCGCCAACCCUGGCAUCACCCCCAAGGGCUGGAGCCGCCUGGCCAUCGCUGUGGCCCACAGUUCCCAGGUCCGAGUCCUCAAUCUGGACUACAACCCCCUGGGUGAGGCUCAUGCCCUGCCCACCUGCCCAAGAACCUGGAACAUCACUGCCAUGGGAACCCCACACUGGGAAGCGGAGAGGAGGGAGGGCCCAGGUGACCACGUGGCAGGGAUGCUGGCUGUGGCUGUGGCCUCCAGCCGUACCCUAGAGGUCCUAGACUUGGAGGGCACCGGGCUCACCAACCAGUCAGCUCAGACCCUGCUGGACAUGGUGGAAAAUUACCCAACAGCCUUGCGGAGCCUGGUGUUGGCUGAGAACAGCAUCAGCCCUGAGCUGCAGCAACAGAUCUGUGACCUUCUCUCUGAGGGCGAGGAGGAGGAAGAGGUAGCCGGAGGGACUGGCAACACCCAGGAAUGGGAACGAGAGAGGGAGCCUGCUGCCCACCUGAGGGGCAGCAGCUCCUGGAUGUGCCCCGGUGGUAAGAACCAGAAGAUUGGUCAGAGCCAAGUCUGGAGGAUCUGGGAAAGGGAAGAUGCCAGCUCACAGAUGGUGCUAAUGACAUCAGGACUAGGGGACAGUCUGCUGGCUGAGACCGAGAUGUGACUCUCCACUUGGGUUUCUCCACUUUGUGUCAUUGUCUUUCUCUGCCCCCUAGUGCCUUCCCUGGAUGGCAGGGACAGGCCCUGUGGCUUGCUGGGGCAUGGGGGUGAGGGUGGCCCCGGGGCUCUGGCAGCCCCUGGCAGUGUGGGAAGCUCUGGAAGCCGUGGAUGCCAACCACGUUGGAGGCACUGGAGCCCAGGGAAAUGCCUCUGGACUCAUUGGCAGCUCUGGCUGCAACCCCGCUGGCUCGGAAGAGAUUUUAUAAAAUCUACAACUUGG